CGGUUUUACCUAAAAUUACCUGCUGCCUUCUAUAUUUUUAUUCUGAAAGACGACACAGGAAGUAGGUAGCUGCUGCUCUUUUUUGACAUUAGUCACCUUAGGUACAGUGAGGCCACACCUUCCAUAUAUCACGUCACAACGUGAUUGACGGAAGCCAGGAAGGGCUGGUUCUGCCGAGCCCCCGUCAUAAGUGACAAGCAAUCUAGAUAUGAGGACAAAGUCCAUCCAGCACAUUGAAACUUACAUGGGCAUUUACUGGGAAGGAGGUUUGUUUUUAACUGAGGAGACUAUCAUGCAAAGGUGCAGGGAGGCUAUGAGAGACCCUGGACAGGUCCCUAGCCCAUUGGAGGGACAAACAUCGCAGACACACGAUCACAUGCAUUAUGGACUGUGGGAGGAAGCCACGCAAACAACAUGCAAAUAGAAAGGCACCCCGGGUCUCAAACCUAGGACCUUCUCCAUGUGUGGCGACGGUGCUAACCACCGCACCACCGUCCCACCCUUUGUUUACUUCAGUAAUGCAACUUAAAAGGUAAAACUAAUAUAUGAGAUAGACUCAUUACAUGCAAAGCAAGAUAGUUUAAGCCGGGAUUUGUCAUAAUUAAGAUGAUUAUGGCGUGGAGCUCAUAAAAAAACCCUCCCCCUCCUGCUAAUGGCGAAACUGUGUGUGAUGUCCUGCACUGUGCGGAGAGUAGACUCUUGAUACAGAGUCCAAAUGCCCUUCUCCUCAUAUCUAAAGACUUUAGCCACGCUCCUCUGUCUCCCACACGCCCUUUGUUCACCCAGAUGGUUGAAUGUCUCAUCAGAGACAAUAGGACAUUGGACUUACUGUUUGUUAACUCAAAGGAGGCCUACACCUCACUGAGAAAGAAGGGAAAGAAAGACAAGCAACAGGAGAAAGAUGGAGGAUCAGCUUUAGUUUCCACAGUCUGUGUUGAUUUGGGGAGCCAUGUCAUCUGCUGUUGUUGGUCCACUGUGCUUCAUAAGUCCAAGGUCACAGCUGUCUACCAGGAGAUUUUGGAACAUUUCAUGCUCCCUUUUUCAGACCAGUUUUAUUGGAAUGCUGACUUCAUUUUCCAGCAGGAUUUGGCACCUGCCCACACUGCCAAAAGCAUGAUAACCUGUUUCAAUGACCGUGGGAUUAAGGUUCAAGAUUCAAAGAACUUUAUUGAUCCCAGAGGGAAAUUAUUUCGCACACUUUGAUCGCUGUCACAGUUGGAGGUACACACAAGGAUCGGCCCUAGCGAGAUUAUGAUUCUGCGCCCUCUACUGAAGGCUUGGAGCAGCGCCCCACCCAGCAGUUGGCGCCCUCGGCGAGCGCCUAGUUCGCCUGUGACAAUCCUCGGUACUGAACCAAGGAGAAGACACGAUGUGGACAAACCUUGUGUCACUUCUGCACCCCACUUAGCAGGUUAAUGAAAUUCAGCAGCAGACAGACACCGAGAGUUGAGAAGGAAAAAACUGAAGAUGAGCCGAAAGGAAAGAAAAACUGCAGCUGCCACACGAGAGGAGCUGCUUCUGAGAGUGCUGAAGGACCUAGAAGACAACGAGCUGAAGGAGUUCAAAUGGUUCCUGCAGAAAGCUGAAGUCCUAGGACAGUUUCCAAUAAUCCCAAAGAGCCGCCUGGACAAAGCCGACCGCACAGACACUGUGGAUCAAAUGCUGCAGACCUACUGUGAAACCACUCUGGAGGUGACCAAAAAGGUUUUAAGAAAGUUACACAGAAAUGACCUUGUGAAGAUUCUAACGGAACCAAACUCAGAGCCACUAGUAGAGGGUUUUGCUGAGUGCCAAAAAAAUAUUAAAUCCAGCCUGAGGAAAAGAUUUCAGUGUCCAUCUGAGAAACUUAAAAAGGGAGCAAAGUCUCAGGCCCAAAAUGAAAUCUACACAGAGGUGUACUUAAAAAUAACAGAAAGCAAAGACCAUGAGCUCAUACAAGUUGAAAAAAAAUCCAGAAAACCAGUCAGACAAGAUAAAACUAUCAGAUGUAAAGACAUCUUCAAAGGCUCAGCUGGAGCAGACCGACCCGUCAGAACCGUGGUGACCAAGGGAGUGGCUGGCAUUGGGAAAACGGUCCUAACACAGAAGUUCACUCUGGACUGGGCUGAAGACGAAGCCAACCAGGAUAUCGACUUCACAGUUCUGUUCACUUUCAGAGAGCUGAACGUGCUGAAAGAGCAAAGGUUCAGUUUGGUGGAACUUGUUCAUCAUUUUGUCACUGAAACCAAAGCAGCAAGAAUCUGCAGCUUUGAGGAGCUAAAGGUUGUGUUCAUCCUGGAUGGUCUGGAUGAGUGUCGGCUUCAUCUGGACUUCAGGAACACCAAGGUCCUGACUGACAUUCUAGAGUCCACCUCAGUAGAUGAGCUGCUGACAAACCUCAUCAAGGGGAACCUGCUUCCCUCUGCUCGCCUCUGGAUCACCACACGACCUGCAGCAGCCAAUCAGAUCCCUCCUGGCUGUGUCGACAUGGUAACAGAGGUCAGCGGCUUCACUGACCCACAAAAACUUGAAUACCUAAGAAAAAAAUGUGGACAUGAAAAACUUGUUAGCAGAAUCAUGACCCACAUGCAAACAUCUCAGAGCUUCAAGGUAAUGUCCAACAUCCCAGUGUUCUGCUGGAUCACUGCUACAGUUCUGGAGGAUCUGCUGGAAACCAGAGAAAAGGAAGAGCUGCCUGAAACCCUGACAGAGAUGUACAUUCAUCUCCUGUUGAUUCAGUCCAAACUGAAGAAAGCCAAACAUCCUGGUGCAACUGACACGGACCCAAACUGGAAUCAAGCAAACAAGGAGAUGAUCGAGUCGCUGGGGAAGCUGGCCUUUGAGCAGCUGCAGAAAGACAACCUGGUCUUCUAUGAGUCCGACAUGACAGAGUGCAGCAUCAACACCAGAGCAGCUUCAAUUUACUCAGGAAUGUUCACACAGAUCCUCAAAGAAGACAAACUCCUGAAUCAGAACAAGGUCUUUUCCUUCGUUCAUCUGAGUGUCCAGGAGUUUCUUGCUGCUCUUUAUGUGCAUCUGAAAUUUAUCAACUCUGGAAUCAAUCUAUUGUCAGAAACUCAAACCAGUUACUGGAUUCCUAAAAUAAUGCGCAAAUCCAAUGUGUACCAGAGCGCUGUGGAUAAGGCCCUGCAGAGUCCAAAUGGACAUCUGGAUUUGUUCCUCCGUUUCCUGAUUGGUCUUUCGCUGGAGGCCAAUCAGACCCUCCUACGAGGCCUAGUGAAAAAGACAGGAUGCAGCGCAGAGACCAACCAGGAAACAAUCAAGUAUAUCAAGGAGAGGCUGGAAGAUAACAUCUCUCUAGAAAAAAGCAUGAAUUUGUUCUACUGUCUGAAUGAGCUAAAGGACCACUCGCUGCUCCAAGAGACCGAGAAGCACCUGAGCUCAGGAAGCGUCUCUACAGAGGAGUUCUCUGCUGCCCAGUGGUCAGCUCUGGUCUUCCUGUCACUCUCAUCACAGACAAAUUCAGACGUGUUCGAGCUGAAGAAAUACUCGGCUUCAGAAGAGGCUCUGCUGAGGCUGCUUCCUCUUGUCAAAGCCUCCAACAAAGCUAUAUUGAGCAGCUGUAACCUCUCAGAAGGAAGCUGUAAAGUUCUGUCCUCGCUUCUCUGCUCUCAUUCGUCCAGUCUGAGAGAACUGGAUAUGAGCUAUAACAACGUGCAGGACUCGGGUGUGAAGCUGCUGUCUGCCGGUCUGGAGGGUUCACACUGUCCCCUGAAGUGUCUCAGACUUAGUGGAUGUAACUUGUCGUGGAGAAGCUGCGAAACUCUGUCGCUGAUAAUUUGCAUGCAGUCGUCUAAACUCCAACUGCUGGAUGUGAGCACCAACGACCUGGAGGACAUGGGAGCUCAGAUUCUGUCUGGAGGACUGACAAACUCACACUGCACCCUGGAAAGUCUCAGUCUUUCAGGUUGUAUGAUCACAGAGCAAGGCUGUGCUUCUCUGGCCUCGGCUCUGAGCUCCAACCCGUCCCAUCUGAAAGAGCUGGACCUGAGCUACAACCACCUGGGGGAGUCCGGAGUGGAGCUGCUGUCUGGAGAGGUGAAGGAUCGACAGUCUCGACUGGAGAAUCUCAGGGUCGACUGUAAUGGAGAGAAGAGGCUAAAACGCGGCCUGAGGAAGUAUGCCUGUGAACUGGAGCUGGACCCAAACACAGCACACCGGAACCUGAAACUGUGCGACAGCCGCAGGAAGGUGACAGCGGUGAAGGAGGAGCAGCCGUACCCCGAGCACCCGGAGCGCUUCGACCACUGCUGCUGGCAGCUGCUGUGCAGCCAGGGCCUGACUGGGCGAUGCUACUGGGAGGUGGAGGUGGAAGGAAGCGUGGUCAUUGCAGUAACCUACAAACGAAUUGGUAGGAGAGGAAAGAGCGCAGACUGCCGGCUCGGGUGGAGCGACCAGUGCUGGAGCCUGGUUCGCACCGACCAAUAUUACUCUUUGUGGCACAACAAGCGAGAGAAGAGGGUGCUGUUACCGUACUACGAGCCGGCAAGCAGCAGAGUGGCCGUGUUCGUGGACUGUCCCGCCGGCAUUCUGUCCUUCUUCAGCGUCUCCUCCAACAACCUGAACCACCUGCACACCUUCAGCACCACCUUCACGGAGCCCGUGUACCCGGCCUUCGGCUUCGGCUUUGGCUUCUGGUCGUACGACUCCUCGGUGACGCUGUGUGAGGUGUAGGACAGAGCCUGUGUGUCUUUCUUUAAACUAAUGAGAUCUUUGUAAUACUCGCUACAUGAAGAGAACGCGUGUAGAGACCUUAGCAUUAUUACUGCUGAUUACUUGCUUUGAUUUGAUGAUGAUGAUGAUGAUGAUGAUUUGAUUUGAAGUGAUGAAUUGUUACUCUUAAGGGGGAAUCCUACUGAAAUAACAUUUUUCAGAUACUUACUUUUGUUCAUUACUUUGAUACGUCUCAAAAACAUUAUGUUUUGUCACCUUUGGCCUAAAAUAAUAAAAGCCUGUUUGACCUCUCAGCA